AUGUGUGGAGGAGUCGAUGGUGGCGUGAUCGCUCAUGUUCAGGCGUUGGUUAGAGGAACGGCCCUGCUUCCCUGCGAUCUCUCUGCGUCUGCGCCCAACGAUUCCGUCGUCCUGGUGGUGUGGUACAAGGACGAACAUACGCCAAUUUACAGCUACGACACCAGAGGGGCGCACGCCACGUCGCCGAACCGCUGGCAGGACAAAAACCUGAACGCCAGGGCCUUCUUCAGGACCAUGAGCGAGCCGUCCACCCUCAGCAUAGACAACGUGAGCGAGAGUGACGAGGGGGAGUAUCGGUGCCGCAUAGAUUAUUUACGCUCGCCCACCAAGAAUUUGCGGGUCACGCUGACAGUUGUAGUUCCGCCGCAGAAGCCGACUAUAAUAGACGAAAAAGGCAAAGAAGUCCCCUCAUUGGCCGGUCCGUACGAAGAAGGGGGAGACAUGAAGCUCACUUGUAUAGUGACGGGAGGUAAACCGGAGCCUACAAUAAAGUGGUGGAGGGAAGGGAAGCUGAUAGAAUCCACCGAAACUCGCAGCGGCUUUCAGAACGUUCGAUCCAGCCAGCUAAUCAUUAAAGGGUUGCAGAGGUCCGAUCAACAUGCAGCUUUUACAUGCCAAGCCUCGAACAACAACAUCAGUCAACCGGUGUCGGCCACCACGUCCAUCGAAAUAUAUUUUCGACCUCUCGCAGCGGAGAUACUAAGCAGCAAUAAUCCCUUCUCCGCAGACAGGAAAUACGAAAUUCCUUGUCAGACAUUCGGUUCGAGGCCCCCAGCAAAAAUAACUUGGAUUAUGGAUGGGGAGGAGUUAAAACCACCUAAAUAUAAUUCCUCACAAUCGGACUCCGAAGACGGCAACUCGACCACUUCACUACUGUCCUUCGUACCGACGAAGCAAGACAAUGGGCGAUCGCUUACGUGUAGAGCAUCUAAUCACCUGGUGCAAAACGGAGUAGAAGAAGCCACCGUGAAAUUAAACGUUUUCUAUGUACCUAUUCUCCACCUGUCUCUUGGCUCCAACCUGAAUCCCGACGACAUCGAGGAGGGGGAUGACGUUUACUUUGAAUGCAAAAUGGACACCAAUCCGUGGGCGUACAAAGUACUCUGGAAGCAUAACGGCCAAGUGAUGCACGGUAAUCCAAAAGGUGGGAUCAUAAUUAGCACGACAGCUUUAGCAUUGCAGGGUGUGUCCAGAAGUCAAGCUGGGAAUUAUUCUUGCGUGGCUUCAAAUGUGGAGGGAGAUGGAGACAGCAAUACAGUAGAGCUGAAAUUGAUGUACAAACCAAUCUGUCGGACGGAACAGAAGCGGAUCUACGGUGUCGCCAAACACGAAAACGCUAAGAUUCUUUGCGAGGUCGAGUCCUACCCGCCCCCAGACAGCUUCAAGUGGUCUUUCAAUAAUUCCGCUGAGACCAUCGAGGUGCCCCAAACGAGGUACAACUCAGGACUGCACCAUUUCUCGUCCACCCUCACUUACACUCCGGUGACCGAGCUAGACUACGGGACGGUGAUGUGCUGGGCGAACAAUCUAGCCGGAAGGCAGCAGGAGCCGUGCAUUUUUCACAUAAUUGCGGCGGGAAAGCCGGAUCCUCCUUAUAAUUGCUCGAUCGUUAAUAUGACGAACGAGUCGCUGGAAGUGGAAUGUACGGAAGGAUUUGAUGGAGGGCAGCCCCAGUACUUCCUGCUGGAGGUAUACGACUGGAAAACGGCUGUCCUUCAGGCUAAUGUGUCUGCCAAGUUCCCUUUAUUUAUCGUGAGCGGACUAGAUCCCGGGAAAGUGCUCAAGAUGGUCGUUUAUGCGGCCAACGCGAAGGGAAGAAGCGAGCCGGUUUUAUUGGAGGGAUUUACCCUGAAAGUUGCUGAAAAACAAACAGUGUUAUCGCUGGGCACCCGAGAUCAACUGGAAAUCGCCCCAGUCUUAGGCAUCCUAGUGGGCAUAGUGACGGCCCUCCUGCUCGUGUUCGUUAUAAUACUGGGAGCCCUCAAGAUCAGGGCGGCCCGCAGGGACGGCUCCCACGCCCUAAGACCGGGAUUCCUGCCCGUCAAGGAGAAAGCGACGCUGCCGCUGCGCUCCGAAUCCGAAGACCUCUUCGAGAAGGACGACAAGAACCCGGACGUCAUCCCCUCGAAUAAGGAUUCCGAUUACCAGUUGGGUUCAGCUGUGCAAACUCCGGGCCUGAAUAAUUCCGUAGCCGUUGCCGCCGAAUACGACACGCCGUCCCCGCAGCAGCAGCAGCAGAAUGCCGGCGGACCCCUAGCAGACGCUUACAUGGCACGAGAUCGAGGUUUCCCACCGCAACACGCCGUCGUCAGCGAGGUCACCUACGCCGAGCUGUCCCUGACACGACCAAACUCCCUGGAGCCUGUUAAAAAUGGCGGCAACCAGUACGGCACCCUACGCAGUAGGGAGGACCCAACUAUCUACGCUCAAAUAGAUCAUAAUAGAAGGCCACCACCGGUCCCAGCCAAAACGUCCCCCAUGGUCUCGCCAGUGUCAUCUAUUUUUCCGGCUGCCAAGCAGGGAUUGUACCACAGAGAGGUAGUCACCGUUCGAACGCCCUUAAUGGGCUGCCAACAAGAAAGCUGUGUAUAAAGCGCCGUGGGAUUUUUG